CUGUCUCUUUAAGGCCUGACGCUGCUUCCUUCAGCGCCCUGCCGCAGACUCGCCAUCAGCCUCGCCUCUCUCUGACAGACAGAACCUGACUGGACCGGGACCGGAUCGGAUCGGACCGGAGCGCCAUGACGGAAACCAACAAGACGCACGUGAUCCUGCUGUCCUGCGGCAGCUUCAACCCGAUCACCAAGGGACACAUCCACAUGUUCGAAAAAGCCAGAGAAUAUCUGCACCAAUCGGGACGAUUCAUCGUGAUCGGAGGAAUCAUCUCACCGGUUCACGACUCCUAUGGAAAACCUGGUUUGGUGUCGAGCCGCCAUCGCCUCACCAUGUGCCAGCUGGCCGUCCAGUCCUCGGACUGGAUCAGGGUGGACCCCUGGGAGUGUUACCAGGACACCUGGCAGACCACCUGCAGCGUGUUGGAGCACCACCGCGACCUGAUGAAGAGAGUCACCGGCUGCAUCCUGUCCAACGUCAACACGCCUUCCACCACUCCUGUGAUUGGUCAGCCACAGAACCAGACUCCGCCCAUCUACCAGGACCACAACAACAUGAACCACAAACCCACAGCCAUCAAAGUUUGGGGGAAGAUCAGUGAGAGUUUGGGUAAAAUGUGCUGCGUCCGUCCCAACAUGGAGCGCUUCACGUUUGUUGAUGAAAACGCCAACCUGGGGACGGCAGUGAGGUACGAGGAGAUCGAGUUACGCAUCUUGCUCCUGUGUGGCAGUGAUCUCCUGGAGUCCUUCUGCAUCCCUGGCCUGUGGAAGGACAGUGAUAUGGAGGUGAUUGUUGGUGAUUUUGGCAUCGUAGUCGUUCCUCGUGACGGCGUCGACACCGAGAGGAUCAUGAAUCAUUCCUCCAUCCUCCGCAAGUACAAGGACAACAUCGUCGUGGUGAAGGACGCGACCAACCACCCCAUGUCCAUCGUCAGCUCCACCAAGAGCAGACUGGCCCUGCAGCACGGAGACGGACACGUCAUCGACUACCUGAGUCAGCCUGUCAUCGACUACAUCCUGCAGAGCCAGCUGUACAUCAACGCCUCGGGAUAGAGCUGCCGACCCGCCUGCAUGAGACCCGGGACCGUCAAUAUGGAGGACGAGGUGGGGGGGGGGGUCCUAACGCCAUCUAUAUAAACACACACCCCUCCCCAACCCCCCGCAGAAAACUGAAACCUGUCUGUCUGUCUUCUGUGUCAACACUUACUCUUCUUUGAGCUCCAACAGGAGCUUUAGUGUCCCUCCGUCUGUGUCAUGUCACUUUACCACUGGGGGAGGGGGCAACGGGGUAUGUGGGGGAGGAGGGGGUUAAGUUAUAUUUAAAAGUUAGAGAUGCAUGGCAGACUUCUGGGCAUGCUCAGUGUGACUCCCCGUCUGCAUCAGGGUCUCUGGUUUCGUGCAUCAUGUCAGGUUGGUACCACAGAAAUCGUUAGUAAAAUUUAACCAAGACUUUUUAUGAAUUGAUUGAUUAUUGGGUCUCAUUGUUACUAUUAUGAAGCCACGAUUAGAGCCAAUAAAGAAAAUAUUUUAUUAGGAUUUCCUCAUGUACAAAACCCAAAAACAUGCAGGUGAAACCACCAGAACCAGAACCCGAACCUGUUGGUUCCUCAGACCCGCCGACCUGCUGAAACCAGAGAUCAGUGCAGUCUGUCAGAGGUCAGAGGUCACAUCAGGGACUGAUUUACUGAGAAGUCAACCCAUAGAUAUAUAAGCUCUGUAAUCCUGCAGCUAUCGCUACAUGUUGUUAGCAUGGCAGCCAUAUUGGAUCUGAGGGUUGGAUGAGGCGAAUUUCUGACUUCUGAGGCUGUCAAACAGAUUUUUCCAACUUUAAGAUGAGAAACCCCAUAAUCCUAAUCCAGACAGAAAGCUUCAUCCUUCACAUUAAAACAGCUAAUCCAGAAAUCUGCUGCCAGAUAUAAACUGUAUGAAGGAUGAAGUUCAUGAACUCUGACCUCCCUUAGGACAGUCCACCCUGUGGCUGCAGUAAUCUGACGUUUGCCAACACAUGGGCGGAGUCUAAUCCGUAAUCUUCUCUUCAAACCGACUGCAGCAGCAGAACAUUUAGUGAACUGAAUUAUUUUAAAGCGUUUUGAGCAGCAGCAACGCGUCACUUCCUCAUCAGAUUAGUUUAGGGAAUCGGCAGUAAAUUCAUCUGUAGAAAUCAAAAUAAUUAUAAAACACGAGCCGUUCCCACUGGCUUGUAAAUAAAGAAGGUUCUGAUCAGAACAUGAUGAGGUUCUGGAGGAAGACCCGGAAGUUCCUGCAGAACCGUCAGCCACAGAACUGUGAAUGUGUUGACCAGCAGGGGGAGCUGCUGAGCCGGGAGGCUUUUUGAUGAGGAGGAAUCAGACUGCAGGGAGUCAGAGAAGGAGAGGAUGAUGAUGAUGAUGAUGAUGAUGAUGAUGAAGCACCUUCUGUAAAGCGUUCAGGACGUUUUCUCUCGGUUUCCUCCUGUUCUCCGUCUGCAUGCUUUUUUCUGACCGUUUGGUUUUGGCAUGAAUGUUUUUCCCUCAUUAGAUUAUUAUGGUCUGUUGUGAUCGUGUUUGGGAAAUAAAAUAAUUAUAAUAAAUAUA